UAUUUCAUUAAUUCAUCUGAUAAGAAGACUAAAAGUCAAACUGUUCUUUCUGAGCAGUGUCGUCUGCAUCCUUACUCCUCAGAACACAUCUGGGCGUGUCCUCUCCAUCCAGCCAUGGCUGUGUUUGAGAACUGCACCAUGCUUUUGGAGCUGAAAACUUUGCCCUUCAAGGAGAAGAACAAGCUGAAAUCAGCAGUGACGGAGAAUGGAGGCAGCCUCUCCUACGUGGUCAAUAAGCAGUGCUCUCUGAUAGUGACCAGCGAUGUGGCCGACCUGAGCUCCAACAGGCUGCGUGGGAUCCAGAAGAACCAAACGCCCGUGGUCGGGGUGGACUACGUGUACAGCUGUCUGGAGAGAGGGGUUCUUCUGCCUGUGGAUGAUUACAAGCUGGAUACUUCCUCUCACUCUCCUUCUGCCUUCUCACUUCCUCUUCCUCCCUCCUUACAGAUAAUAAUUCCACCCUCACACAAAGUGAACACAGUACCAGCUGCUGAGCCGACCAAAGGCCCGGCCGAGCCCGUGGACUCUGUGGGCCGGAGUGGGAGGGCAGGGGCUCCAAAGAGGAGUGAAAACAUCCUGGAUGAGUUGAGAAUUUACACUGAAACUGAUUCCGAUCUUCCAAAGUAUCCGGAUAAUUUUCAAGUGGCAAAGUAUUCAAUCUUUGAAAAGAUAAACAGCAACACUUGGUGUUUGCUGGAGCUGCAGAGUCACAAAGGAGAGACGGGAUGGCAGUACCGCGUGGUCAAGUACUGGAAGGACAACAUAUUAACCAAGAAGGCGGCGGUGAGGGCCAUGCUGCUGUUUCCGUCCACCUCAGAGGAAGCUCUGGAGGUUUACAAGGUCCUGAGAGAGACCCUGCAGGCUAACGGUCUGCAGCUGAGGACCGACACCCCUCCACAGGCCCCCCACCUGGGCUCUGCCCCCCUCCAGCAGCUGCUGCUGGAGGAGAAGCUGAACACAGGAAGCUUAUCACAAGAAGUGGGCGUGUUUGUAGAGCUGCUGUGGACCGAGGCCCUUGGUCGCCUCGGCAACAUCCUCCGAGUUCCGAUCAACAAGCUCAGCCUCAAUGAUGUGAGCAGGGUGGAGGGCUUGCUGCUCCAGGCUCAGAGGAAGCUGAGGGAGGCAAACCAUUCCGAGGUGGCGUCUCUCCUCAGUGAGGUUUACACCCUGCUGCCGCACGUAGAGCCGCUCCAAUAUCCUGCCACCGCCAAACUCAUCUCUCAGAAACUGGACCUCUGUCAGCUUAUCCGAGAUGUUCUGAACGUGAGCGAGAUGACCCUGAGGAGCCCCGUGCCUUCCUCUCUGGGGAAGUACCGCGCUCUGAGGUGCAGCAUCGACAGGGUUCCCCCCAACACCUCCGAGUUUAAGGCUGUGACCGCUCUGCUGACGGACAGCAGGGUGCAGGUCCGACAGGUUCUGUGUGUCAGCAGAGGGGUGGAGCUUCAGACGUUUAAGAGUGAGGUCGGGAACGUUAAGCCCCUCCUUCACUGCUCCAGCCCCAGCAACUUUGUGGGAGUCCUGUCUCGUGGUCUGCUGCUGCCCCGUGUUGGAGUGGAGCAUCAUGGGAUAGAGAGAACAGACAUUGGUAAUCUGGGCAGUGGAAUCUACUUCAGUGACGCCGUUAGCACCAGUCUGAAAUACUCCAAGCCCAGUGAGACAGACGGCUCUCGGCUGCUGCUGGUGUGUGAAGUGGCGUUGGGACGCUGCAGGGACUUUCUCAAGAGAGACGUCACUCUUACUGAGGCCCCCGAGGGACACCACAGCACCCACGGGGUCCGACGCACCCCCAACACUCACUCUGAGUUUGAGGACGAUGAGUACGUGGUGUACAGUCCAGACCAGGUGAAACUGAAGUACGUGGUUCAGUUCAGCAUCGAGGGAGACCAAGUGAAGGAGUUCAGUCCGGCCAUCGACACCUCAGCUGAGCCGGCUCUACCCUCUUCGGAUCAAGGUAUGGAGUUGAUGUGUGAGGAUGACGAGGCUGAAAGCAUUAAAAACCCUCUGGAGGAUGUGAAGGCCGGACUGUUGGACAGCUCGGGUCAACAGCUCCCCCUGCAGGCCGUCCACGUGAAGUGCAAACUGAUGGAUCUACUUUCUCAGGUCAUCAUCUUCCAAAAAUACACCAACCUGAGCUCCGUGCCCAUUGAGGCAAAGUACGUCUUCCCGUUGGACGACUCUGCAGCAGUUUGUGGAUUUGAAGCUUUCAUUAACGGGAAACACGUUGUGGGACAGGUGAAGGAGAAAGAGACGGCUCGCAAGGAGUACAAGCAGGCUAUUGAGAAAGGCCAUGGAGCCUACCUCAUGGACCAGGACGCCCCCGAUGUUUUCACCAUCAGUGUGGGAAACCUGCCGCCCGGUGCGACGGUCCUCAUUAAAGUUACCUUUGUGUCUGAGCUGAUCAUCAGGGACGGGAGCAUUCUCUUCUCUCUGCCCGGGAGUGUGGCUCCGUGGCAGGAGAGUGCAGCGCUCAACCAAACCACGCAGGUCACUGUGGAGAAGGUGUGUGUAACUGAUGAGGCGAGAGAGUUUACUCUGGACAUGUCGGUUGAGAUGCCCAAUAAGAUCACCAACCUGAAGUGCAUCACUCACAAAGUCAAGAUUAAGAGGACGGACUGUAAGGCGGUGGUGAGUGUGCUGCCAGGAGAGGUCAUGGGUCAAGAUGGUUUCCAGCUGUCAAUCACUCUGUCUGAGGUCCACCUGCCCAGGAUGUGGGUGGAGAAACACCCUGACAAGGACAGCCAGGCCAGCAUGUUGGUUUUCUAUCCAGACUUUGAAGUCGACUCCGCUUCAGCAUCCGAUGAAGUCGUCCUGCUGGUGGACACAUCGGAGUCCAUGAAGGGAGAGUCCCUCCGCACGGCCCAGAGAAUCGCCCGGCAGGUCCUCAAAACCAUCGACCACAACAUCAGACUCAAUGUCCUCUUCUUCGGCACAGAUCACACGGAAGCUUUCCUGACAGCACAGCCGCUCGUUGAAUCUCGCCCGGCAGCAGAGAGCUUCAUCAAGCUCACCCCUCCAGUAGGGGGCAGCACUGAGCUGUGGCGGCCCCUGAGAGCCCUCAGCCUGCUGCCUCCGUCCCGUGGCGUCAGGAACCUGCUGCUGCUGUCGGACGGCCACGUCCAGAACGCAGAGCUCACCCUGAAGCUGCUCCGAGACAACGCUCAGCACAGCCGCCUCUUCACCUGCGGCCUCAGCCCGACAGCCAAUCGGCACAUGCUGAGAGCCUUGGCCCAGGCAGGGGGCGGAGCCUUUGAAUUCUUCGACACAAAAACCAAACACAACUGGGCAGAGAAGGUGGAGCGGCAGGUGAAGCGUAUGUCGUCUCCCGGCUGCAGCUCAGUGUCAGUUAAGUGGCAGCAGUUCAACCCGACGGCGCUUCUUCCUGUUCAGGCCCCCAAGCAGCUCCAUGCUCUGUUCAACGACUGCCACACCCUGGUUUACGGCUUUGUGCCGCACUGCACUCAGGCCACCCUGCUUGGAAAUCUGAGUGGGCAGGAGCUCAAAACCAUGGUGUCAACCAGCGAGCUGCAGAAGACCAAGGGCACGUUUCUUCACAAGCUCACAGCAAGGGCCCUCAUCAGGGACUACGAAGACGGAAGCCUGGAUAGCAAUGAAGCUGAACAUGAGGGGAAGAAAGCGGAGUUGAAGCGCUUCAUCAUCGAGUUGAGCAAAGAGUUCUCCAUCCUGUCUCAGUUCACCAGCUUCGUGGCCAUCGAGGAAAGGGACUCCGAACAAACCGAGGAGGGCUUCACGGACAUCCCCAAGCUGAUCUCCGAGGAAGACGUGGACUUCCUCCCCUACAUCGGCUGGAUUUCUCCUCAGGAUAGCGAAGAGAAAACGUCCAUGGAUGAUGAUCGUGAUUAUGAUUACAGUCUAGGAGCUAUGAUGGAGCAUGUUUUAGAUGAAGAUUGUGCACUGGGGAAGCCUUAUCAAUUGCUGGACGAUGAGGAAGAUGAAGAAAGUGCUGAGUCGAGUUCUUUAUCUUUGAUGGACGAUGAUGAAGGGGAAGAAAGUGCUGUGCUGGAGUCUUUAUCUAUGCCGAACGAAGCCGUUCUUCAGAUGAAGAAACUAUCCCAUUAUUCUCCCACGAGUGCAGUGCGCAGUCACGGAAGUUACCUUAGCAGGACAUCAAUGGGCAUGCCCAUGAUGACAGGAGGCCACCCUAUUCGAGGGUCACUUCCUCCUUCUCCUCCUCCUCCUCCUCGUUUAGAACAACCUUCAGACCUCUCCUUCCAUCCUCCUCCUCCUCCUCCUCCUCCUCCUCCUCCUCCUCCUCCUCCUUUAGAACAACCUUCAGACCUCUCCUUCCAUCCUCCUCCUCCUCCUCCUCCUCCUCCUCUUUUAGAACAACCUUCAGUCCUCUUCUCCCAUCCUACUCCUCCUCGUCGCACUUUGAAUGCUCUAUUACUUCGUUCUGCCAGGUCAGGCUCUGAACCAAAGAAUAGAGCAUCAGGGAUUCAAUUUAUCAAUCAACCAGAAAUCUGUAGUAUAGCCGGUUCAGCAGAAAUUCCCAUUCCAUUCCAGAGUAUGGGACAUAUUGGAACUGCCCUGUGUGCAGCGAGGCCUCGGUCUUAUGUCUCUCAUGGCAGGAGAAAGGGCAGUGUUUUUGGCUCUGUGGAAAUGUCUGAAACUACAAGUUCUCUCAAAAGGAUGAACGAAAGUGAGACCGGAUCCUCUGAAAAAGAUCAGUUAGUACGUCCGCCCAGAAAGGAAGCGUCUCUAGACUUGAUGCCCACUGCUAAAGCCCUGAGAUCCGCAGGCUCCACUUUCAACACUCAGCAACUGUCGGGUAAAAUUGUGGAUCAAAAUCUGAUGUCUAAGUUCAUGCGGGUUGCACAGGACUGUUCAAUCCAACAAGCACCUCAGAUUCUAGAUCAACAACAUUCAGGUUUUGGUUUCGAUCAAUGUCUCACUCAAGUCGUAUCCCUUGAACGAGAUCGUCCAAUGAGGGUUGACGCUGCGAUUCAACCUUCUCAAGAAAACAGAAUUUCAAGAAGAUCAAGAAAAGCUUGUUUGAGGCAAGAGCGGCCCCCGAGUGAGAGUCCACCUGCUGGAGAUGUACCUCAGUCUGUUAUAACGGAGGGGAUUUCAAUUCAACGUCGUCCCCUUCGACUUCGGGUUACAGAAGCAGCACUCUGCAGAGAUGAGUCUGGUCCUCUGUCUUUACCAGGUCAUCGACCCUUGUCGAGAACGGCCUCAUCUCCUGAAGGGCUGCAGCUCAGAUGGACAAAAAUCUUCCAGAUGCAACAUUCAGAGGGCUACUGGGAGUUAACCACAGAGCUGGGUGAACUCUUGAAUGUCAAUGUCGACCUCUUUGCCAACUCGUACCUGAAAAACAAGGGCAUCCAGUCUCUAGGUGUGAAGGCCCACGGAGACAUCCUGAAGCUGGUGGCGACUCUUCUGGUCCUGCAGCUGAUGAGGGUGGAGGAGCUGGAGGAGGGCAAACUGCUCCGCACCCUCUUCAGCCUGGACGACUCCUCUCUGCCCAGGCCCGCGCGGUGGGAGGAGGUAAAGCGGGCGGCGGACUGGGUCAUCUGGGCCGACCGUCAGUACCCGUGCGUCUACAGCCGGCUGGAGUUUGGCAUGAGCUGGGAAACCUCCACCCGUCAGCUGCUGGGCUUCGAGGGCCUCCCUCCAUUCUCACCUCUCACCGGGUUGAACCUGCAGCGCACCGUUCGCCAUCUGCUGGUCCACUAAACAGGCCACGAUGAGGAGGAGAUAGUGUGAGAGAAAUGAAUGCCGCUUGGCCUUUUUUUAGGGGAUAAGAAUAUCUUUUAGUUUUUUUAUUUUAUAUUGAUAUAUGCACGGGUUUCUUUGGCUUAUGUAUGCACUUUGAACUGUCUGUCAGUGUGUUUGCGUGCACUUGAAUCAGCAGAUACAGUCGACUAUCUGCAGUAACGUGAUUUUCUUCACUUCAUGAAUACAAGAAAUGAGAUUUCUUUAAUCAGGGGAGGGGAUUCAAAGCAAUUUAUUAGCCAUGUAUACUGAUCUUAAUCUUCUUUUUACAUGCACACAUGUCUAUGUUAAAGCCUUCAGAAAGACAGGGAGGGGCAGUCUAGAAUAAUCCCAUCCACUAAAACUGGGUUUCCUCUGAACAUUUACAUUGUUAUAUUGAGACACAUUGGGCUGCAACAUUCUGGCAAACAUGAUAAUCACAAUUAUUUUUUAUCAAUAUUGAGAUUGCGAUUAUUUAUCACGAUGAUUCAUGUAUUUUAGGGACAAAAACUAUUGUUAUUGCUCUAUUACAUUUAGAUAAACGGAGCAUUGCUCUCAGUUCCAUAUUGUGCUAUAUUCUUGCCAAUCUACAUCUACAUGUCAGUACUGAAGUCGAUGGUCUUUAUCUAAUUGUGAGAAUCCAAAAUCGUGAUUAAUAUUCGAUUCAUUGUGCAGUCCUAAUUCAAGCUGUACUGAAAGAAGCUGUCGCACUAACACAGACAACACAAAAUCUGAAAUCAGGAAGCAGUGCCUUGUAUCAUUACUGCAUUCAAAGUAAUGUAGUAAUAGAUUAUAGUGGAGAACUGUGAUGACUGACCUGCUGCAUGUUUAUGUGCAGUAUGAUUACCUCAGUAACACAGUUUCUCUGAGUGCAUGUGGACUAAUUGUGGGUUUUAAACGUGCUGCACCAAAAAACUUGCCUUGCUUAACAUAUAUAACUGCCUUUCAGCACUUUUGUCACCUUUGAUUACUUAAUUGUAGGAUACAAAAUAAUGAAAAUA